AUGUCUAGUCAACAACAACAACAACAAGAAAUUGAACAUGUACCAUCAACAUCAGCACCACCAUCUUUAAUCUCUGAAGAAAAUCUAAUUCUUAAUGAAAAUAAUAUACAUCAAUUUGAUACAUUAACAUUACAACAAUUAGCAAUUGGUACACAUCAAAAUUUAUCAAAUAUAAAUGAAGAUAAUAUUAAACCAAGUCCAUCUCAUUCAACAUCAUUGAUUGAUAUACAAAAAGAAGUUGAUCGUGUAAGACAAAUAAAAUACAAUCGAACAUAUUCAUCACCAACAUCAUCAUUUUGUUCAUGUUUAACAAUAAAUCCAUUUAAUGGGACAAAUAAUAAUAUUGAUUUAUCAUCAAUAACACAAUCAGUGCAUUCGUUUUUAUUAUUUUUCGAAAAUUAA